GUCUCUGUGCGAUAGGGAGAGGAGGUCAAAUGAUCUGCAAAGGAUGCGAAACGUGUGCAACAGUGCGCGUCUCCAGGAUAUUAUCCCAGUUCGAAGAUAUUAACGGUGGAUUUAAGGCGCUUACAGUGCAGGUAGUAGCACGUUUAAUUUAGAACAAGCUCAAGUGGUUGUGUUGGGCAAGUGUCGCGCUAACGUUAGCCGAUGCUAAAUGUCGCGUGCUCGCCGAGCGAUAACGUAAUGGAGAUUUGCGAGCGCAAGUCUGCCACAUGAACUUUUAAACAAUCGCCGAGUGCUUCUAGGUAGAUACUUCUACUACCCUCGUUUUGGGGGAGUCAUCCAGUCUGUUGGGAGCUUGUAUCGCGGUCGUAGCAAGCAGUCAUGUUUCACUCAGUCCCCCGUCGUGUCACCACCGAGGUCGGUGUUAGGUCACUCAGGCUCCCGGGGGUCAGGGCAUUCCGGCGGGGUGUGCAGGAGGAUGACGGCCGAGGCUCGGGGUCGUGGCUGGGCGAGGCCGCGGGCCUUCUCCUGUGCACCCUCCACAGGGUGGGCGUCCUGGAGAACGCCGCUAGAUCGAGACACAGGAGCAAGGGCUUGCUGUCCAUAUUCGCCGACCAUUGCGGCUUCGUCACCGGCCAGAGGCUGCGGCGUGCGUGUCGGAUCGCCGAACUGUACUCCAAUCUGUACUCGGAGAGGACCCGCUGGACCCUGGUGGGCAGCAUAUGGCGCAGGUUCCAGAGCAAGCAUUCCUCCCCGGGCAAGCUGAUCGCGGCCCUUGCUGGGGUCUUUAUGUGGGACAAUGAGAAGAUUCAAGAUGACGAAAUGCACAGAUGCGGGCUGGAGCUGCAGGCCCUCGAGACUGUCAAGAGCCUAGACGCACACUCGGGUGCAGCGAGCGGUCGCGCCGAGCCCGGCUGGGAAGUUGUGAUGGAGAAGAAGGACUUCCGAGUGUGGAAGCGGCCGAUCCCCGGCAGUCACCUCUACGAGUACAGAGUGUUGGGCUCAUACACUGAUGUCACACCAAGGCAGUUCUUCAAUGUACAGUUGGAUACAGAGUACAGGAAGAAGUGGGACGCUCUGGUGAUCAAACUGGAAGUGGUGGACAGGGAUGUCAACACGGGCUCGGAAGUUCUACACUGGGCUACACACUUUCCUUAUCCCAUGUACUCCAGGGACUACGUGUAUGUGCGACGCUAUGAGGUCGACUUGGGAAACAACCUGAUGAUUCUAGUGUCCAGAGCCGUGCAGCAUCCUCGAGUUCCCGAGUCUCAGGAUUUUGUGAGAGUUCACGCAUAUCAAUCCAAGAUGGUCAUCCGUCCACACAAGUCUUUCGAUGAGAAUGGAUUUGACUACCUGCUAACCUACAGUGACGACCCUCAGACCGCCUUCCCUCGUUACUGUGUGAGCUGGAUGGUGUCAAGUGGCAUGCCGGACUUCCUGGAGAAGCUUCACACGGCCGCAUUGAAGGCCAAGAACUUAGAGGUGGGCAUCCACGACUAUGCCGGCGUCAUCAAGUCCAACGACAAUACGGGCCGCCAGCAGAACCAGGAGCGCCACGCCGCUGAGAAGAAACACGCCGGCGGUCCCGGUCAGAUGUUCGCUUGACGUGGAUGAGCAUACAGAUGAAACCCUCCAAACCCUACUUUGUGGUAUUUCCAAUACAACAUGAGUAUGCAUUUCUGGCCUCAAUGGGAGAACACUGGUAUGCUCUUUCUUUCUUUUUCUUUCUCUCUUUCCAUCCUUCUUUCUUCCUUCUUAUGACUCAGUCAUGCAAUGUCUUUCUUUCUUUCUCUCUUUCUUCAUAUGACUCACAGUCAUGCUAUUUCUGCUACCAUGUCCACACAAUAUGAGGGCUUUAAAAGCAAGCUAAACCAGUCCUUCCACAGCGGGGACGCAGUGUCUUAUAACAACCGUGGAAAUCCUCACGUCCAGUGGUACACAUACACUUGGUAGUCCUUGUCGAAAACAGCACUUCACAAUCUGUUCACGUAUCAUUUCACAAUGGGGAAAAAAAGGUUACUCCAUUUCAACUCCUUUCGUAGCGAGCUAACAUUUCACUGUGAUUUUCCACGCGACGACUUUGUCCUUGACUGGAAUUAAAUGAGAUGCACAAGCUCUGUUGUUUAAUGUUAUUCUGCUGUGUUCGUCCUAUAAUGAAUGUACAAAGCGCGCAACAUGUUGCGGAAUAAUGCAUCACGUCUAAAUAACGUUUACAGCCUGGCCAUGUGGCAGACAACAUGCAUUUCCAUGUUUUUCCUUUCUGUCUCGAGCUUUACUGUAUUGGUGUCGUGUUCCUGUCGUAUCCUGCAAAGAGCAAUUUCCUGAUCUUCAGUAGUUUACCAAUCCAGGGUGUUGAAUUGGUAGUCACUUUUUUCCCCUGCUUAUGUGCACAAAGUUAACUGCGACUAAAAAUAACCAGUGAAACAUGAGACAAUAUUUGCUGAUGCCCGCAAAUGUCACAUUGUUGUGUAGACCUGCAUGGAUACAAAAUAUGUUUUUCUUAUCACAUGGCAACUGAUAACAAAGGUGUGGAAUUCUGUUGCAUGAUGAUCUGGAAUGUCAUUAAAACAA